GCGGCGGCCGGUUACCGCCGGCCCCACUCCUGACUUCCGCCUGCCUCGAGUCCGGAGUCGUCGGCCUGCCAGGCGCUCGAUCGCUCAAGCCCGCGGCGUCCGACCAUGUUUGGCCUGCGGAGGAACGCGGUGAUCGGCCUGAACCUGUACUGCGGCGGCGCCAGCCUCGGCGCGGGCGGCGGCUCCCCGGCCGGGGCGCGCCUGACGGCCGAGGAGGCCAAGGCCCGGCGCGAGGGGGAGGGGGCCGCCCUGCUGCCCGGCGCGCGGGCGGUCGCGCGGCCGCCGCCCGUGGGCGCCGAGGACCCCGACGUCACGGCGGCGGCCGAGAGGCGGCGGCUGCGCUCGCCGGGCCUCCUGGCCGUGCCGCCCGACGAGAUGGCCGCGCCGGCUGCCGCCGCUUCCGCCGCCAUCGUGUCCCCCGAGGAGGAGCUGGACGGCUGCGAGCCGGAGGCGCUCAGCAAGCGCCCGGCCGUGCUGCCCCUGCUGGAGCGCGUGAGCGAGGCGGCGAGGAGCUCGGGCGCCGACGGCUCGCUGCCCUCCACGCCGCCGCCGGCCGAGAGGAGGACGGACGAGGACGAGCUGUACCGCCAGUCGCUGGAGAUCAUCUCGCGCUACCUGCGGGAGCAGGCGGCCGGCGCCAAGGACACGAAGCCGCUGGGCGAGGCGGGCGCGGCGGGCCGGAGGGCGCUGGAGACCCUGCGGCGCGUGGGCGACGGGGUGCAGCGCAACCACGAGACGGCCUUCCAGGGCAUGCUCCGGAAGCUGGACAUUAAGAACGAAGACGAUGUGAAAUCUUUUUCUCGAGUGAUGGUCCAUGUUUUCAAAGAUGGCGUAACAAACUGGGGCAGGAUUGUGACUCUUAUUUCUUUUGGUGCCUAUGUGGCCAAACACUUGAAGAGCAUAAACCAGGAGAGCUGCAUCGAACCAUUAGCAGAAAGUAUCACAGAUGUUCUUGUAAGGACAAAACGGGACUGGCUUGUCAAACAAAGAGGCUGGGAUGGGUUUGUGGAGUUCUUCCACGUACAGGACCUAGAAGGCGGCAUCAGAAAUGUGCUGCUGGCCUUUGCGGGUGUUGCUGGAGUAGGGGCUGGUCUGGCAUACCUAAUAAGAUAGCCUUGUGAGUGCAAUAGGUAACUUAACUCCGGCCACCAAACCACACGCUUCUGUGAAAACAAGUGUAUUUAUGAAGUUGGACUUGAAGCUGCCCGCUUUAACAAUCCAGGAGUUCCACUCUAGCAACAUAGCCAGAAAGCAAGCAAGUGGCUGCAGGAUUGUGACUAACAAGAAUAAAUACACGGGAAAGUGCUCCCUGUGGAAGAGUACUGUCCGAAAGAAGCAGUUUUCCCUCAGCAGACUGUGGAGGCCGUGGAGGAGGACUUGUAGAUUGGACGAAAGUGGGUAGAUGGACAGACUUGAUUCCUUAUCUAGAAGAGUGGCCAGUCAGGCUAGUCAUAGAGCUCAAUAAAUGUGCAGAAUCCACCACUCUCCUCUAGUGUUGAAAGAGAAGCACUAACAAUGGCGGUGACCUGUGUGGAGUGGAUUUAAGCUACAAGUGACCAGCUGUGACUAGAAGCCCCAGUACUGUAGGAGGAUGUGAAGGGGCCGCUCGGGGGAGCUCCCCCAGGUGCACUCCGUGACAGCCCAAGUGCUCGGGACACGAGGCCUGUCUGCUCGGGCUUGGUUUGGAUGACUAAGUUUAUCAGACUAGUUACGGCCAAAAGUACUUGACUCAAGGUUCGCUAAUUAGUUACAAGACUGAGAAGCCUCAAUUUUUAAGAAAAACAACUUAUAAAAAAUGUAUUUGUCUGUAAAAAUUGUAUAUAUUUUUACAGAAAGUCUAUUUCUUUGAAUAUAAAAAGAGGGAAGUCGUGGAUUUAGUUUUUCCAUACCCUUUUGAAAUUGCAACUUAUCUAGUUAGAAAUCUAUUUCUUACAGCUUUCUAAAACUUUGUCAUGAUCAGACCCAGUUGUGUGUAUGGACUGGUUGUAGUGGAACGAAUCAGAUUCAUAACUAUGCAGGUUUCGUUUUCCGGUCUGAUUUUGUAUCACAGAGGUAAGACAUUUGACCCCCAUUUGACGUGCUAAAAUUGUAAAGUGGUUUGGGAACACAGGCUAGACUCAUAACCAUGGUGCUAUUCACGGGGUUUACUUGUUUAACACAAGUUUAAGCCCGGUGGUGUCAAUAAACAAGUUAUGUAUUUCUUUUCUACUAAUGAUUGCCAAGCUUUGUUUUGAAUUUCUGUAUUGGUCUGUCUGAUGCUCCACCUAUUGUAAUGAGUUAACCUUGACUUCCUUUCCUUUCUUCACAUACUGGCCUGUUAUGCUCUCCCUGGUCCCUCUACAGAUAUAAUCGAGGUCUACAUUGCCUCCCUGAACCCCCACCCCCCAACUGGGAACCUGAGUGAUUUCCCUCCCGUCAGAGUCCGCAGAACUUUGUCUCCUUAGGGUAGUAACUUCCUCUGAGCCCUGUGACGGGCAGUGACAGCUAUGGGGGUGAGACCCCCUUUUCUUGGAUUGGCGUCUUCUCCACUGUUGCUUCUGCUGUCGAGAAAAGCGUCCAGAGUCAUAGCUUUAGCUACGGUUUGCUCCCGGUGUGAAUCUGCUCACUGGAAUGUAGAGAGAGGUGGUUCUGUUGAGCCUCAGUUACCUAGAAGCCACUGGUAAGCUGAAGGUGUUUGUUUGAGCUAGGGUCAUUUGGAAGCUUUGGUCCCAGAACGUGACCUUUAGUCAGGACUGCAGAUAAAAAUAGGCAUGAAUCAGAUGACUAAGAAUGCAGUGGGAAAGAAGUGCCCUGCCGCCCAUCUCAGCCAUAGGUCAUCCUGCUGGAGCUAUUUGUACCUGUGUAUUUAUCCUUGGUUAUAAAUUGCUUAUUUAUGUUUAUAUCUUGGACUUAUAAGCACUUUAUGUAGUUUAAUUAACCCUACAGGUUAAGGUGACUGAAAGACUAGCCCCCCCCCCAUUCAGUCGUGGAAGUUUGUGUUUAUGCAGACAGGAUCUUAGUAGGUGUUUUAGCUCCAGGGCCCUGAAGACUUGGAGAGCUCAAGUGGUUGAGAAAAGGUUUAUUUAGAGGGAGAAGAGAGAGGCACGAGGCCUGAGUGCUGACUAGCUGAAGAGUUGAGACACAUCCUCCAAAGGGAAGAGGGAGGGGCUGCUUGGAAAGCUGGCUCUCAGCAAAUUCUGUUUGUCUUACACUUCUCUCAGGGAAAAAACCAAAACAGUCUUCAAGCAUCCAUGUACAAUCUACCUGGGGUGGUGAAACCUUCAUUCUGGUAGAACCAGCAUUUCUAACAUCUGUUCCCAAAAGGGUUAGGACCAACUGCAAGUUAAUGUGGGUUGUAAAAAAUGUGUUUCCCUAAACUGUUUCUUCUCCUGAGGAAAAAAAAAAAUAAACCUUUUUUUUUUUCUUCUCCAAAG